UGCAUCACAUGGCAAUUUUAAACACUUCGAUAAAACAUACGGAUGACUAUGAGCAAAUAUCGUAAAUUUACAAAAUAUUAUCUAUGUGGUUUGUUUCAUUUUUGUCAUUUGCUUAAAGAGUAAAAAAUACAACACCUUUAUACCAAUAUAAACUUGAAUUGAAAAAUAAAAUUUUACGACAAACAGAGUUAGGAAAAGGGGCGUUAACUACGUCUGUUGAUAAUGUAAACGAUGAACGCCAAGGUUGACUUCACGUACCUUGUUCGUGUUUGGAUAACAGUUGUCUCAGUUGUAAACGUUGGAGAUUCCCUUCAGUGCUUUAUUGACAAUUCUCUGUUACCAAGGCGAAUAUAUACAUUAACGCCAGAUUAUGGUAAUCCUGCAUUUGGAAGGAUUUACGGUAUAUUUCUCUUUCUUCUAGCAGCUCUGAGACUUUCUUGUGCAAUUGACAUUCAUAAUAAAAGCCUUUACAACUUGACCUUCCUGUCAUUUGCUUUAACAUUUGGAAACACAUUCCUAGAGACUGUCCUAUACAAGACAGCAGAUGUGAACUUCACCGUCCUAUUGAAUCUCACCUUGUCUGGUAUUUCCAUUCCAUCCUUAUUGUUGGGAUUUAAAUUUGUGAGUGAAGAACCAGCACCAGAUUUAGAGUCAGAUAAAUUUUUAAAGAAGAAACAAUCUUAAUUACAUUAUUAAAAUUUAAUUAUUUUGUACAUGUGUCUUUUAGUAUACAUUAUUUAUGUUAUGUUUACCUGAUGUGCUUAAAACAUCAUGUGCAGAGUUGCAUACUUGAAGAAUACUCCUUAGUAGAUAUUGUUUACAACUUCUUGAUUGUUUCAACUUCCAGGAGGUAAGUUAAAAAAAUGUAUUUGUAUAUCAUUUAACUCUAAUUUCAGGUUUUAAAAUCAAUAAAUCCAUGGAAGAUUU